AUGUUCAAAGCUACGAAUAUACUCUUCCAAAGAGCCGCCCCGGCUGCCAAGAAGUAUGCCAACUUGUUAAGAGAUCCUCUGAAAAAAUAUUCGCCUUUCAAAACUGUGCAUUUACCCGACAGAAACUGGCCAAACAAAACUAUCACCAAAGCUCCCAGAUGGUUAUCGACAGACUUGAGAGAUGGAAACCAGUCUUUACCUGAUCCCAUGACGGUGCCUGAAAAGAAGGAAUACUUCAAGAAGUUAAUUGAAAUUGGUUUCAAAGAAAUCGAAGUGUCGUUCCCAUCUGCCUCUCAAACUGAUUUCGAUUUCACUAGAUACGCGGUGGAAACCGCUCCAGAUGAUGUCACCAUCCAGGUAUUGACACAGUCGAGAGAACACCUUAUCAGAAGAACGGUGGAAUCGGUGAAAGGUGCCAAAAGAGCGUGUAUCCAUACUUACUUGGCUACCUCCGAUUUAUUCAGAGAUGUGGUUUUUAACAUGUCGAAAGACGAAGCCAUCGCCAAAGCUGUCGAGGCCACGAAGCUUGUGCGUUCGUUGACCAAAGACGACCCAGAAAUGCAAGACACUCUCUGGACGUUUGAGUUUUCUCCUGAAUGUUUCUCUGACACACCCACUGAUUUCGCAGUAGAAAUCUGUGAAGCAGUUAAAAACGCUUGGGAACCAACGGUUGAGCAACCAAUUAUCUUCAAUUUGCCUGCCACCGUUGAAGUGGCUUCUCCAAACGUUUACGCUGACCAAAUCGAAUACUUUUGCAGAAACAUCACCGAACGUGAAAAAAUUUGUGUGUCUGUGCACCCUCAUAAUGACAGAGGAUGUGGUGUUGCAGCCACCGAAUUGGGUGUGAUGGCUGGUGCUGACAGAGUGGAAGGAUGUCUUUUUGGAAACGGUGAAAGAACUGGUAACGUGGACUUGGUCACUGUCGCCUUGAAUUUAUACACUCAAGGUGUUGCACCUGAAUUGGACUUUUCUGAUAUGGAAUCAAUUAUUGCCGUUAGUGAGAGAUGUAACAAGAUCCCUGUGAGUGCCAGAGCUCCAUACAGUGGAUCUUUGGUUGUGUCAGCCUUUUCUGGAUCUCACCAGGAUGCUAUCAAGAAAGGAUUCGAAAAGGCCGCAAAGAGAGACUCACAAAAGUGGGCUAUUCCAUACUUGCCUUUGGAUCCAAAGGAUAUUGGAAGAAACUACGAGGCUGUCAUCAGAGUCAACUCACAGUCUGGAAAGGGGGGUGCUGCUUGGAUUAUUUUGAGAUCCUUAGGAUUGGACUUACCUAGACAAUUGCAAGUGGAAUUCUCAGGUGCUGUUCAAGACACUGCUGAUUUGUUAGGAAGAGAAUUAAAAUCAGAUGAGAUUGUCGAAUUGUUUAAGGAAAGAUUCAUGGCCGAACGUACCAGUGUUUUGAACUUGAAAGAGUUUGAUAUCUUCAGAAACAAAGAUAGUGAUGAUUCUUCGAGAGAAAUCAAUGCAUCCUUGGAUAUCAACGGUAAGACCAUUUCUGUUUAUGGUAAAGGUAAUGGUCCAAUUUCUGCAUUCAUUGAUGCUAUUUCCAGCAGAUUUGGUACUUACUUUGAAGUUAUCCACUAUUCAGAGCACAACUUGGGUACUGGUUCCCAAGGUAAGGCUGCCACUUACAUUCAAUUGAGUUAUAUCAACUCUAAUGGUGAAAAGGUUAAGAAAUGGGGAUGUGGGGUCCACUCCGAUGUGUCUGAAGCGUCGGUUCACGCCAUUAUUUCUGUGGUUAACUCAUUAAUUGAAUCCAAAGAGAUUGUUAUUUAG